AUGCGUGACAGUCAUCCUUUUAUUAGAUGGAAAGAAUACGACGAUCAACACUAUUUCAACAUAUACGUGUUGACCUUUGACAUGAACACAUCGAAAUCUUCAAAUUUCAAAGAUUUCCUAUGGGCAACUCUACUAAAUCGUCUGAGCUUAGAAUUCCUCGGUUUAUGGCCUAAAACUGACGGAGUCAGAAAAGGAAAACUAGAUUCUGACAUUCGUGUGGGUUUCUCUUUUAUUAUGUUAACAUUUGCCCUUCUUAUUCCUAUGGUACAUGCGCUGAUACGUGUUUCGGGAAAUAUGGCGCUAAUGAUAGACAAUUUACGAUUUACAAUAGUUAUCCUGACAAUUUUAUUAGAACUUAUUAUAUUUCGAUGGAAACAAACAGUUCUGUCAUCUAUCAUAAACAUGAUAGCGGAGGAUUGGUUGUCGCUAAACCAAAGAGCUGAGAGAGAUGUAAUGAGGAAGCGUGCUUCGACUACUCGAUUAUUCAUGUUAUCUUUAUUUAUUACACUUAUAUUAGCAUACGUUUUAGUCAUCAUUAUGCCCUAUUUUGACAUACCACUCAGAUCAUUAACAAAUCUCACAGAUCGGAACAAGCCAUUACCGUUUCAGACUUAUUAUUUGUACAACACUGAUAAGAGUCCGCAAUUUGAAUUGACAUUUUUCACCCAGGCCAUAGCACUUUUUCAAGUGUUAAUGAUUCAUUAUGGGGUACACACAUUUUUGGUAUUUAUGAUUUUUCAUAUCUGCGGUCAACUGGAAAACUUGAAGAAUCAAAUUUUUAAUUUACUCUCAUCCAAAGAAUUCAAUACGGCUUUGAGUAGCAUCGUAAUGACUCAUUUACGUCUAAUCAGAUUUACCUUGUCGUGA